GAUGGGACUUGGUCUCCGCGUUGAAAAAAGAAACUGUCCCGGACUCGUAACUGAGAUAAACUCCCACCCUCCCGGGGAUGGGACCGGCAGGGAGACGGGACUCAGGGGAGGGUCAGUGGUGCUGUGAGGAUUACAUUCCUGGACUUCUCUAGUGCCUUUAACACCAUCCAGCCCAGGAUCUUAAGGCACAAACUAACGGAGAUGGGAAUAGACUCACACAUGGUGGCUUGGAUAACGGACUACUUGACAGACAGACCUCAGUAUGUGUGGUGGUUAGACUGUAGGUCUGACACGGUGGUCAGCAGCACAGGAGCGGCGCAGGGGACCGUGCUCUCUCCGGUCCUGUUCACCAUGUACACAUCAGACUUCCAAUAUAACUCGGAGUCCUGCCAUGUGCAGAAGUUCGCUGAUGACACGGCCAUAGUGGAGUGUGUCAGGAAUGGUCAGGAGGAAGAGUAUAGUAAACUGAUACAGGACUUUGUGAUAUGGUGCAACUCAAACUACCUGCGUCUCAAUAUCACCAAGACCAAGGAGAUGGUGGUGGACUUUAGGAGACCUAGGCCUCAUAUGGAGCCAGUGAUCAUUAAUGGAGAAUGUGUGGAGCAGGUUAAGACCUACAAGUAUCUGGGAGUGCAGUUAGACGAGAAGCUAGACUGGACUGCCAACACAGAUGCCCUGUGCAGGAAAGCACAGAGUCAACUGUACUUCCUCAGAAGGCUGGUGUCAUUCAAUGUUUGUAGUGAGAUGCUGAAGAUGUUCUAUCGGUCAGUUGUGGAGAGCGCCCUCUUCUUUGUGGUGGCGUGCUGGGGAGGCAGCAUUAAGAAGAGGGACGCCUCACGUCUUAAUAAGCUGGUAAGGAAGGCGGGCUCUGUCGUGGGCACAGAACUGGAGAGUAUGACAUCGGUGGCAGAGCGGAGGGCGCUGAGUAGGCUACGGUCAAUCAUGGAAAAACCUGAACAUCCUCUGCACAGCACCAUCCAGAGAGAGAGAAGCAGCUUCAGCGGCAGGUUGCUGUCAACGCAAUGCUCCUCAGACAGGAAAAAGAGAUCAUUACUCCCCAACGCCAUUCGGCUCUACAAUUCAACCACGGGGGCAAGACAUGUUAAAGUGCCUUGGUUAGGACUGAGCUUAAGUUACCACUCAAUGCACUUUAAUAAACUAUUUAAGAACUUUUUAAAAGCUAUUUAUGAAUGCUUUUUGGGAGGGUGAUUUUAGAUGCAGAUCAUAUUUAUACUGAAUUAA